AUGGACAGUAUCAAAACAGAGACAGAUGAUGAAGAAGCUACAGCCGCUCCCUUAGAUAACAAACCAGCAACCUUCAAAGGACGACUGAAUUUGGCAAGCUACACCUUCUCUCCGACCACCAAAUCCGAACCUUCCCCUCGACCAUCACUACUCAACUCCCCAACGCCAGCGUCAACACCGAAACGCAAAUCCUCCCAUCUCGCGCCCUCACCGUCACCAAGAAAGAAGUCCCGCCCUCCCUCGGGCUACGCCCCUCCAUCAACCUACGCCCACCUCCCCGAACUCCGCGAUGUCCUACAGCCAAAUCUGAUAUGCGUAUUCAUCGGUCUCAACCCCGGCAUAGAGACUGCCCGCUCGGGGCACGCCUAUGCUCACCCCUCGAACCUCUUUUGGAAACUACUACACAGCAGUGGGUGUACACCACGAAGGUGUCGGCCGGACGAAGAUGGCGAUUUGCCACGCCUGUUCGAGCUUGGCCAUACCAAUAUUGUGGCGCGGCCAACGCGGAAUGGGAGCGAGCUGAGUAAGAAGGAGAUGGAUGAUAGUGUGGUGGUGUUGGAGGAGAAGAUUAGGAGGUUCAAGCCGGAAAGCGUAUGUAUCGUGGGUAAGAGUAUUUGGGAGAGUGUGUGGAGGGCGAGGAAGGGGAGGGGUAUCAAAAAGGAGGAAUUUCGGUAUGGGUGGCAAGAUGAAGCGGCGAAUAUGGGUGUUGCAGAGGGGUGGGAGGGAGCGAAAGUGUUCGUUGCUUGUAGUACGAGCGGACUUGCUGCGGGUCUUAAACCGCUGGAGAAAGAAGUGAUAUGGGUGGAAUUGGGGGUUUGGGUUGCGAAGAGGAGAGAGGAGAGGGCCAGUGCUCUCUCCCGGACUCAAGAUCCUCCUUACAGUCUCGGCACCUCAGCCGGUUCUGGUAUCGUCCCCGUUGCAGUAUUUUCCCCCUCCGCUCUCAGCCCACAGACACUGGUCUGUACUCCGAAUGUGCCUUCUCCACAGCCAGAAAGAGGUGUCGUCCACAAUUUCUUCCAACGCUUCUCUCCUCAGCCCCAAAUCAGCCCUGCGCCAAGCCCCGUGCGCAACUCUUUUCCUGCACGUAUCUCUCUGCCUGGCCCGCCCCCUAUCUCAUUCCUCACGUUCAUCGGCCUCUACACCCUCGCUCCUCUUGCCUGGACCGCUUCCCUUUGUGCUGAUGUGCGCGGGAGUCGGCGCACUGCUGGGAGCGAUGAACAUGGUGUUUAG